AUGGAGCCAUUCACUGAUACAGUUUGGAUGUUAAUGAUCCAGGCUGCUGUUGUGACACAGGAGGACAGGACAGAUGAGGAAGGUGAUCAGUCAAUUGCUCCAGGUGGUGAGGUAGAGCGCGUUUCAAUUCCACGCCCACGCCCACGUAACUAUCGUUGUAGGCGUGUGCUGGCAGACUUCUCCGAGGUGGAUGUGAUUAAGAACUUUCGCUUAUCCUCUCGUUCAAUCCAUAUGCUGUAUGACUUGAUGGAGGCGGACCUUGAACCACGGGUGCCCACUAAUCACACAGUCAGUGGUAUGUCUAAACUGCUGGCUGCAUUACAUUAUUUUGCGUCUGGCACUUUCCAGCCAGUUUUGCCCCAAACAGUUGGUUUUUUCCAGCCCACAUUUUCGCGUAUUUUAACUCAGGUCUGUACGGCUUUCCGUAAAUUAACGACCCAGUUUAUUUAUUUUCCAAGCACUGUCAGCGAAUGGAGGGAGGUCAAAUUGGAAUUUUUUGAAAAAUCACGCUUUCCCAAUGUUCUGGGCACGAUAGAUUGCACUCAUGUGGCAAUUGCACCACCAAGGCAAAUGGAAGAGUGUUUUCGUAAUAGAAAAUCUUUCCAUUCCUUGAAUGUACAGAUGGUGUGUGAUGCCAAAUUGAAAAUCACCAAUCUUUUUGUGGGCUUCCCUGGGUCGGCCCACGACUCCUUUAUUUUGAGACAGUCAUCCGUGUUCCGUGAUUUUGAAGAUUGCAACAUGCCGGAUGGGUGGCUGUUGGGUGAUGGUGGAUACCCUAACAAGAGUUGGCUUCUUACACCAUUGUCCAAUCCCGUUAGUGAUGCUGAGCAUAUGUACCAAAAAGCGCACAUUACAUCGAGGGGUGUAAUUGAAAGGACCUUCGAAGAAUGUGCAUGA